AUGUCUGAAAAGCUCGACAAGGCUCUUGAUGAGCUUGUUAGCUCUCGCCGCCAGGCGCGUCGCCAGCGUCGCCCUGCCGCGAAGGCUGCAAAGGCCGCUCCCGUCGGAGGAGUCAGAAAAUCUACUAGGCAACCCAAGCCAACAUCCAAAGCCACACCUACUGCACCUGCUGCAGGAUCAGGAGAUGGAAAAAUCAUCGUGAGCGGCUUGGUAAGCCAUUAA